AGACGACAUUGCAAAGGGUGCUGACCACUAGAAAUCACAAUAAAAAAGCUCAGAAAUCAUCAGAUUUUUACAAGACCGAUAGUGAAGACAUUCAAUUUUUUAUCUAUUCCAAUCACCAUGACAACUGGUGUUUCAGAUUUAUGAAAUGAGCCAUCGUCGGAUACUACAAGACUUUGAGCAGUAUCAAAAGUCUAGAACUAAAUUUGUACAAACUGUUGCCGAGCUUGCUGUUCAGCCACAAAAUAUUGAAGUUUUGCAGAAUUUAGGCGUAUUGUCUUUACUGAGACCGCUUUUACUUGAUACGGUACCCACAAUUCAACAAACAGCGGCUAUAGCAUUAGGACGCCUGGCUAAUCAUCGAAAAGAUUUGGCAGAAGUUAUUGUCAAGGGUGAUAUCCUACCUCAACUUGUUUAUUCUCUAGCUCAACAGAACAGAUUUUAUAAAAGAGCAGCCGCAUUUGUACUAAAGUCGAUUGCCAAACACUCCGCUGAACUUUCACAAAGUAUCAUAGACUGUGGAGCUUUGGAUGCGCUCACUGUUUGUUUGGAGGAAUUCGAUCCUGCUGUAAAAGAGGGCGCUGCAUGUGCAAUAGGAUGCAUAGCUAAGCACUCAGCCGAGUUGUCUCAGGCAGUUGUAGAUGCAGGUGCUAUUCCAUUGCUCGUAUUGUGCAUUCAAGAGCCCGAAAUAAGUCUUAAAAGAGCAACUGCAUGUACACUAGCUGAAAUAACAAAACAUACAGCUGAUCUUGCUCAAUCGGUUGUUGAUGCUGGAGCGAUCGCUCAUCUUGCACAGCUUGUACUAAAUCAAGAUUCACUACUUAAGCGCCAAGUAUUCGCCGCUUUGUCAACAAUCGCUAAACAUUCUGUGGACCUGGCGGAGCUGGUAGUUGAAGCCGAAAUAUUUCCAGCUGCAUUGGUGUGCCUUAAGGAUGUGGAUGAAAUUGUUAGAAAAAACUGCGGCAAUCUAGUCAAGGAAAUAGUCAAACAUACACCGGAACUCAGCCAAUUGAUUGUUAACUGCGGCGGAAUAGCUGCGAUAGUCGACCAGAUUGGGGAUACCAAAGGAUUCACAUGUCUACCAGGUGUUAUGAGUUUGGGAUAUAUAGCUGCUCAUUCCGAAACCUUAGCGAUGGCUGUGGUAGUUUCAAACGGUGUUUUACAAUUAAAAUGUGUAUUCAUAAGGGAAUCGAGCGAGGAGAUACAAGCUGCCGCAGCAUGGGCUCUUGGUCAAAUCGGUCGCCAUUCCCCUGAACAUGCAAAAGCCACAGCUCAAGCUGACGUACUGCAGAACUUGUUGGAGUGCUAUCUAAAGCCAAAUGCUUCAGAGGAUCUUAAAGCAAAGGUAUCCUAGUCACUUAUAUUCACGUUUUCUUUUAGACCAAAAAGGCGCUGAAGCUAAUAAUUCAGAAGUGCAUCAAUUUAGAGGCACUAGAACCUUUAUUGCAAAAAGCACCUCCAAGUAUCUUGAAACAUGCAGUUGCACAGUUUAGCAAAGUGCUGCCACAUGAUAGCAGAGCACGUCGAUGGUUUGUGGCAUCUGGAGGUCUUAAAAAAAUACAGGAGCUAAAGGAUGACAACGAAGGCUUGUUGUCAGAGUACAUUAAUGCUAUAAACAACUGCUAUCCAGAAGAGGUUGUACGUUAUUACUCCCCAGGUUAUGCCGAAACAUUGAUGGAGCGUGUAGAAGCAUACCAAAUACCAAUUUGAAACCUAACUCUGAGUAGAGAAAUAAAGACAGUUCAAAGACAUUAACUAUCAUGGAGACAUUUUAUCUAUGAUUUACAAAGCAAUCAACACAAACUUAAAAAUAGAAGUUAGUGAGUAAUGUAAAAGGAUUAUGAAUGCCAUAAAACUCUUAUUAUUUUAUGUACUUAAAAUAUAUCAAUUAAAUGAAUCUG